AUGGGUGAACAAGCAAAAUCAAUACAAUUUGAAGGAAUUUUUUAUGGACUUUCAAAUUUUCCAGGAAUUCUUAAACUCGCUUCAAGUGGGCUUGGUUGGAAGACAUCGUACACUAGCAAUAUUGUUACAAUCUCUGCUGAAGAAUUUAAGAAAAUCCAAUGGUAUAGAGUAGCUCGAAAUUAUCAGUUGUGUGUAAUUUUGAAGAGUGGAAAUUCUGCUCGAUUUGAAGGAUUUUCACAAGAGUCAUUAGGAACCCUUAAAGAUUUUAUAAAAUUAAAUUAUAAAAUGACAUUGGAAGUGAGGGAACUUAGUCUAAAAGGAUGGCAUUGGGGAAAACAUGAAUUUCAAGGAACACGGCUAGCAUUUGCUGUUAACAAUAAAACAGCAUUUGAAAUUCCUUUAUCACAAGUAGCCAACUCUAAUAUAGUAAAUAGAAAUGAUGUCUGUCUUGAGUUUACACUAUCUGAACCAACAUCAAACAAUUCAAGUAAAGGAUCCCAAACUCAUGAUCCAGUUGAAAUGAGAUUUUGUAUACCAGGGACAUCAAUAGUUAAAGACGAGAAUGCUGAGAGUGGAAAAGAGGAGGUGGAAGAUGAAGAGAUGGAGGAUGUGGAAGAUGGCGAAGGUGGUGAAAAAAAAGAUAUUGAAGAAAUAAGUGCUGCAAAAUUGUUUCAUGAAACUGUUAAACACAAAGCAGACCUUGGACAAGUUUCAGGAGAAGAAAUUGUCUUAUUUCAAAAUAUCUUACUGCUUACACCUCGUGGGCGAUAUGAUAUUCAAUUAUUUGCAAGUUUCUUCCGAUUACGAGGAAAAUCAUACGAUUACAAAUUACCAUAUAAUAUUAUUGUCAAUUUAUUUCUAUUGCCAAAACUUGAUGAUCACCAUAUAAUGUUUGUUGUAAUGUAUCUAAUUGGUUUAGAUCCACCAUUAAGGCAAGGUCAGACAUCAUACCCUUACUUAGUAAAUGAGAGAGAAUUUGAAGGUAAAUUGGAACCUAAAUACGAGAAACCUUUAGAUAAAACAUUUAGUCUUAUUUUUAGUAUAAUAACAAAAAAGAAAAUAAUAAAACCUGGAGGUUUCUUAAGUUCAGAGGAUAAGUCAGCAGUUAAAUGUUCUUUGAAAGCAAAUGAGGGUUAUUUAUACCCACUUGAAAAAUGUUUUAUGUUCAUUCCCAAACUUCCUACAUACAUACCAAUUCAAGAUACACUUAGUGUUUCAUUUUCCAGAGUAUCACAACAAUCCAAGAAGAGUACAGCAGUACCACAAGCUAGAACUUUUGAUAUAAAAUUUCAUACAAAAAAUGGCACGGAGUAUCAAUUCUCCAGCAUCAAUCGACAAGAAUUUGAAAAUUUAUUUAAAUUUUUAAAAGAAAAGAAUAUUCAUACAAUUAUUGAAUCACCUGAUGAAGGCACAGUCAGUUAUGCUGAACUUAUUAAUGAAAUUGUCGAUGAAGAUUUUGAAGACUUUGAAGAAACUUACUCUCGUAACAAAGUUUAUGCAAAAAAAGCAUUGUAUAAACGUAAGAAAACAGCAAUAGAGAAGUCAACAGCUAAACCACCUACUACUAAAACAGUUUCUAUCGGAGGUGAUAAAAAUGGUGGACAACGUGUUGUUCCUCUGGAAAAAGCUCCAAGAUUCUAUCCUGCUGAAGAUGUUCCACAUCCUAAAAAGUCUCGCAAACUAAACAAACCAACCAAACUUCGUUCCUCCAUCACUCCUGGUACUGUUUUGAUUUUGUUGUCUGGCCGCUUUCGCGGAAAACGUGUAGUCUUCUUAAAGCAACUUCCAAGUGGUUUACUGCUUGUCACCGGUCCAUUCAAAAUCAAUGGUGUACCAUUAAGACGUGUUAAUCAAGCUUACGUGUUGGCCACAUCAACAAAAAUUGAUAUCUCUACUUGUUCAUUUGAGAAAUUUGAUGAUACAUAUUUUAAGAGAGAAAAGGAGGCUAAAAAGAAAUCUACAGAAGAAGAAUUUUUUGAUCAAGAACAAAAGACAAAGAAAACAGUUUCAGAAGUCAGGCUUACUGAUCAAAAGGAUAUUGAUGGAGGAAUCGUUGCCAGCUUAAAAAAAGUUCCAGAUCUUGCUGAUUACUUGGCUUCUAGAUUUACACUUACAAAAGAUGAGGCGCAUGAAAUAUCAGACAUGUUUGAGAAUUAUAAUGUUAUCUAG